AGCGGGUGUUGAUUCGAGUGGAGAGCAGCUGGUAGGGCCCAUCGCGCAGUUGGCUUGGCUUGGCCGCUGCUGCCCGUGCGCGCACCGGCCGCCCCACCUCCAUCUUCCCAUGGUGGUGGUGUCAUCCCCCUUCCUCUUCCUCCCCUCGUGCAAGUGCAACCACCCACCCGCUCUCCCACCGCCCUCCUCGCCUAUCCCUGCCGCCACUGCGGCCGUCGAUGAGCCCCAUGCCCACCGCGCCGUACACCUCCGCGACCUCGCUGCUGCUGGGCAGCCGCAGGCUCCCGCGGUUCCAGUUCCAGUCCCUCCGCACCCCCACCAAGCCCCCCUUCCGCCGCCCGGCCUCCUCUUCGUCCACACCUCUCCCUCGAUGCCGCGCCAGCGCGACCCCCCGCCCUCUGGCCCCCGUCUGCGCUUCCGCCCUCGCGCUGCCCGUGUCGGUGGCGGCCGCUCCCCCACCGCAGGUGGACGGUGGCUGGGUGGGAGGGACGGCAGCAGCCGUGAGGAGAGUAGCUGUGGCGGUUGCGUGCGGGGCUCUCGCGGCGGCGUGGUGCCGCCGGGCGAUGGCUGUGGGGGCUGCCGCGGCGGCGGGAGCCGGGGCCGGGGCGCCGGGGACGGUGGAGGCUGCUGCAGGGAUUGGAUGGAUGGCGCUGCGCGGGGGCUGGCCCAGGGUGCUACAGAUUCUGCAGCUGCUCAGGGAGCACGGCUUGAUUCUGGCCGCGCUGCUUAGCCUCUCUGCGUUCUUCUCCAUGGCAGAAACUUCUAUCACGACGCUUUGGCCUUGGAAGGUUCGUGAACUAGCUGAGAAGGAACCUGAGAAUGGUGUUUUCAAAAUGCUCCGAAGUGACGUCACCCGUUUCUUGACCACCAUUCUCAUUGGCACAACAGUGGUCAACAUUGGUGCAACAGCAAUUGUUACUGAGGCAGCAACAGCAAUGUUCGGUGAAGCAGGCGUUAGUGCAGCAACAGGUGUCAUGACAGUUGCCAUCUUACUUCUUACAGAAAUCACUCCCAAAAGUGUUGCAGUCCAUAAUGCCACCGAGGUCGCUAGGUUUGUGGUAAGACCGGUCGCAUGGCUUUCACUGAUCCUCUAUCCAGUUGGGCGGAUUGUUACUUUUCUGUCAAUGGGGAUGCUAAAGAUUCUAGGCCUGAAAGGGAGAAGUGAACCAUAUGUUACUGAAGAUGAACUGAAGUUAAUGUUACGAGGAGCAGAGUUGAGUGGUGCAAUUGCAGAAGAUGAACAGGAUAUGAUCGAGAAUGUCCUGGAAAUUAAAGAUACACAUGUGAGGGAAGUAAUGACGCCUUUGGUGGACGUAGUAGCAAUUGAUGCUAUCGCAACACUUAUUGAUUUCAAAAACUUGUGGGAAACUCAUCAGUACUCUAGAGUUCCUGUAUUUGAGGAGCGCAUAGAUAAUAUUGUUGGAAUUGCUUAUGCAAUGGACAUGCUUGAAUAUGUUGAAGAGGUUGAGAAAUUGAAUGCAAUCACUGUGAAGGAAAUCGCACAUAUGCCUACAUACUUUGUUCCAGAUUCAAUGUCUGUUUGGAACCUAUUAAGAGAGUUCCGGAUCAGGCAGGUUCAUAUGGCAGUGGUCCUCAAUGAAUAUGGUGGAACUAUUGGUAUUGUAACACUAGAAGACGUAGUGGAAGAAAUAGUUGGUGAAAUCUUCGAUGAGAAUGAUUCCAAGGAGGAAAUCCAGAAGAAAACAGGCUAUAUAGUAAGGCGGGGGGAUGGAACAUUUGAUGUUGAUGCAAACACAUCGAUAGAUCACCUAUCUGAAGAGCUUGGUAUCAAAAUACCAGAGGGACAUCAGUAUGAGACGGUGUCUGGUUUUGUCUGUGCAUCUUUUGGCUAUAUUCCAGAAGAAGGUGGGAAAAUGCUUGUGAUUCUUGAAAAGAAUUUCAGAGAAGAAAACGGUGAAUAUCAGGAGGAAGGUCCUGAUCGCCAAGAUGAUAGAGAAAAAACUCAAGCUUAUGAACUCGAGAUAGUGGAAGCUAAUGCAAGGAAGGUGGGCAAAGUUCUAUUCAAGCCAAUAAGCAGUGAAUGUGUUGAUGUCGACAACAAGGGUGUGAACCGCCUCAUUUCCAAGAAGAUCAUCAAGCGGAAGAAGAAAGGCUCUGAUGAUUCCUCCAAUGAUGACGAGUGUCCAGACGUAACAGAGAAUGGUUGCCCUGCAGAGUUACUCUCAUACUCGGAUGAUAACAGUGCCUUGUUGGAAGAUGCAAGCAGUUCUAGUGCCAAAAGAUGACAAGAAAGGAACUGCAAGACCAUCGUACUACUGGUAAUAAUUACAGCACACCGUCACCCCUCCUAAUACCCCUUGUUACAACAGAAGAAGAGAACAUAGUAGUAGGCUACCAAAAAAAAAACUGCGAGAGCAACACCAAGUGGUUAACAGAAGUUUAUAGGGCAUUGGAACAUUUUUUUAGUAGCAGUAGCAGUCUAGAGGUGCAGCGAGGUGUCGACGUCGACUUCACCAGAGACAUGUUUGUAGUUGUAAGUCUUACUGGGCCACAGCUCCACCGUGAUGGGGUCGUUAUCGCCGUGGAGCUGGAAGCUUUUGCAUUCACAGGCCGGGAAUAAGGAGGCGGCAGCGGUGUCCCGCAGUGGCCUGCACGGGUAGAGCAGCUCCGGAUGGAAGAACCACUUCACGGGCAUCUCCCUCGGGGAGGUGGUGGCCACAGGGCGCGGGGCGAGCACGUGGAGUAGCCUCUCCUCCCGCUUCUCCCUGAUCCUCUCCAGCUCCCUGAACCUCUGCUGCAGCAGGGCGAUGGAGGAGAACAUCAUCUGGCCCUCGCUGCUCUGUACCCCCAUGAUGAACAAAAACUCCUCGUUUUCAGUUGAUGUGUGUGUGUGUGUGUAUCUCAGCCAGCGUCUGUCUACUUCGCUCGCUCGCUGUGUGGGGUUUUGCUGCUUGAGGUGGUGGUGGUCUUGGGCAUGCGCCUACUUAUAAGCUGCAAAGUUUUGUCACGGCGCAGGGCGUCGUCUUGUGGUCGUCUUGCAAGUUGCGCCAAUUCUUCCA